UUUAAAGAAAAAGUGAAUUUUAUCCAGGAAAAUCGAUCAUUUCAGUGUCAAUUUAAUGAUUAUCAUUAAAUUUAUAGAUCAAAUGUAUUUGGUUAUCACAAGAUAAAAUUAUUUCAAAUUCACUAUUACUUACGGAACAAAACUAAGAUUGGUAAUAUUAAUAAUAAUAAACAUUGUGAUAUAUAUCUAUGUAUAAACGACCAAUGCUUCAUGAGGUGCGAAACAAGCAGGAGUUAGGCAGUGAUCAUAUAGCUGUCAAAUUUAAUGACAACAAAGUUGAAAAUAUUGUAACACAUGAUACUUCUGAAGAACCUCAUUGUAAACGAUGUGAUGAACCAUUUACUGAAGAUGAAAAUAUCGUUUGUGUUAAAAAUGACAUCUAUCAUCCGACAUGUUUUGUAUGUACUCAAUGUUUACAACCAUUAUCUAAUAAAGAAUUUUAUGAGUUUGAAGGUCGAAGAUAUUGCAAAUAUGAUUUUCAAGUACUUUUUGCACCAUUUUGUUUUAAAUGUGGUGAAUUUAUCAUGUCAAAAGUGGUAAAAGCAAUGAAUCGAAGCUGGCAUCCUGAAUGUUUAGUCUGUGAUGAAUGUGGUAUUCAAAUUGUAAGCAAAGGAUUUCAAAGACAUAAAACAAGAAUCCUGUGUAAAGAUUGUUGGUCUGUUAUAUGUCAAGAAUUAGUUGGAUAUCACAUAUGUCAAACAUGUAAUGAACCAAUUGAAUUAAAUAAACACAUCAAAUUUAUGGGUGAUUUUCAUCAUCCACAUCAUUUUCAUUGUUAUGAUUGUGAUCAAGAACUUGGUAUGGAUGCACAUGAACGUGGUGGUGAAUUAUAUUGUCUUAAAUGUUUCAGUCGUUCUGGUGUAUCAAUAUGCUCAGCAUGCAGACGUCCGAUUGAGGGUCGUAUAGUUUGGGCACUUGGUAAAGUUUGGCAUGUUGAACAUUUUGUAUGUCAUCACUGUGAAAUACCAUUUAUGGGUAGUAGGUUUUAUGAGUGGCAAGGACACGCCUACUGCCUAAUACAUUAUCAAUCUAGAAUUGGAAGUGUCUGUCAUAUAUGUGCGAAACCGGUUACUGGUAUAUUGGUUAAAUUUACUAAUAAAAUUUAUUGCCCUGAACACUUUCUUUGUUCACUAUGUGACAGAAAAUUAGAUGAAAAAUCCAAACUUUAUGAAAUCGAUUUGAAACCAGUAUGUAAAGAUUGUUAUGAUAAAUUACCAAUACAGUGGAAAAAGAUUCUGGCAAAAAUUCAUCGUGCAGAUAGAAAAAAAUGGAGUAAUUAAUGAUUAUUUGUAUAUUCAUAAAAAAUGUAACAAGUUUACAUUUAUUCCGUACAAUCAUUUAAGGAAACCAUUUCAAACAGUUGACAUAUAUAUAUAUAUAUAACCUACAUUUGAGUCGACUAUUCAAUGUUUUAACAGGAUUUUAUUUUCUAUAAUAUUCUAUUCAAAACUGUAUACAUAGUUUUCACUGUCAUACUUCUAUAUUCUGAUUAACCUGUAAUGUAAUUAAGUAAUGGAUGAUAAUCAAAGCAAUUCAUUCUAUUUGUUUUCUGUGUAGUGCUUGUUGUGAUAUCGAUUAGCAAACAAUGUUGACAAGAGAAAAAUUACUUGAGUCGUCAUUAUAUUCAAAUUAAUGGUGUACAGUUUUUCAUGUGAUAUUAUUCAAUUAAUCAAAAUAAAAGCUGAACUUAAACAAA